AUGCCACAUCUAGUGCUUUGGAUUUCAUGCACCACCAGUGUGCUGCAUGUUGCGUGGGCUGCACUGUUCAUUGUUGUCUUCCAAUGGGGAAAUACAGGAGCUGGUGCUGCCAACUGUGUGACGUGGACCUUGCAAUGGAUUAUUGGAUCCGCAGUGCUGGUUUGCAAGUCAUCUGCUCUCCACGCAACCUGGCAAGAGCUGCUCCUCUUUCAGCGAGAGGCUUUCAGGCAUUGGCCACACUUCCUAGAAGUGGCCGUGCCAGCCACCGUACAGGUUUGUAGCGAGUGGUGGUUUUGGGAGAUCUGUGCGCUGGUUGUGGGCUACCUUGGCCCCACCCUGCUCGCAGCCCACGUGGCUACGCUGAACUUGGUGGCGCUCAUCUCGAGGCCGACUCUUGCCUUGGGCACCGCAUCCUCCGCAGUGGUUGGCAAGGCCAUCGGCGCCCACCUUCUAGCGAAAGCAGAGCAGGUCUCCUGGCUCUGCGUCGGCUUGAAUGUUCUGGUGUGGGCCUUCGAAGUCCUGGCGCUUGUCCCUUUGAGCAAAUUUGUGGCCAUGCUGUUGACAUCUGACCAGGAUGUUCAAGCGCUUGUGCACAAGCUGCUGAACAUCUAUCUGAUCGUAUUUGGCUGGUUCGACAACACGCAGAACGUCAUGAGCGCUACUUUGCGUGGCCUUGGACUUCAACGCGCAGCUGCCACGGUUUCUCUUGUCAGUUUCUACCUCAUUGCGCUCCCAUUUGGUUGUGCUUUUGUGUGGCUGGUCAAUAUGGGCGUCAUGGGUAUGUGGUACUCUCUCGCCAUUGGAACGGGCACUGCUGUGGUGGCUCUCACAGUGAUCUUAUGCAAGGUCGAUUAUGUGCAACGUGCCAAAGAGUCUGAUGAGAGGAUACAGGCGAACGCGAUCAAGCAAGCGAGAACACUCAACCUUGAAAGUAAUGUAAGGGCCUGA